GGAGCGGGUGAGUGACGCGGUGAGGGAGUGACUGGCUGCAGACGUGAGGCCGCUCUCUGCUCCUUCCUGGUGCCCGCCUGUAGGCCGUGAUGGCGACCACUUUCGUGUCGGUGCCGCUGAAGAAGGCGUCCGAGGUGGACCUGUUCAAGCCCCUGUCCAAGUUCAUCGGGGCCACCUACCCGAGCGGGGAGAGCCAGGCCGAGUACGUGCGGGCGGCCGAGGAGGUGAAUAAGCUGCGGAAGAGCGCGGUGGGCCGCCCGCUGGAUAAACACGACAGCUCCCUGGACACUCUGCUGCGGUAUUACGAUCAACUGUGUGCCAUUGAACCCAAGUUCCCAUUUGCAGAAAAUCAGCUUUGUUUAACUUUCACCUGGAAAGAUGCAUUUGAUAAAGGAUCUUUGUUUGGAGGAUCUGUUAAACUUGCCCUUGCAAGUUUGGGAUACGAAAAGACUUGUGUUUUGUUCAAUGUUGGUGCCUUAGCCAGCCAAAUUGCAGCAGAACAGAACCUGGAGAAUGAUGAGGGGCUGAAAUCUGCAGCCAAGUAUUAUCAGCUUGCCACCGGCGUUUUCCAGCAUAUCAAGGAUAGUGUACUGUCAGCACUGAAUCGUGAGCCCACCAUGGACAUUUCUCCAGAUACAGUUGGAACUCUCAGUUUAAUUAUGCUGGCUCAAGCGCAAGAAGUGUUUUUCCUGAAAGCGGCAGCUGAUAAAAUGAAAGAUGCAAUAAUAGCUAGACUAGCCAAUCAAGCUGCAGAUUACUAUGGAGAUGCAUUCAAACAAUGCCAAUACAAGGAAAAUUUGCCGAAGUAUUUUUAUUUCCAGGAAGUGUUGCCUGUUCUAGCUGCAAAACACUGCAUGAUGCAGGCCAAUGCAGAAUACCAUCAAUCAAUUCUGGCCAAGCAACAAAAGAAGUUUGGUGAGGAGAUUGCAAGAUUGCAGCAUGGAACUGAUUUGGUGAAGACUAUUGCCUCCAGGUAUGAUGAGUAUAUCAAUGUGAAAGAUCUAUCAGACAAAAUCUCUCGUGCAUUAACUGCAGCAAAGAAGGAUAAUGACUUCAUUUAUCAUGACCGUGUUCCUGACGUGAAGGACCUGGAGCCAAUUGGAAAAGCCUCACUAGUGAAGUCUACACCUGUCACUGUCCCGAUGAGUCAGAAAUUUACUGAUCUCUUUGCGAAGAUGGUUCCUUUGGCAGUGCAGCAAGCACUGAGCAUAUACAAUCAGAGACGGGCUGACUUGGUGAACAGAAUGAUUGCACAGAUGAGAGAAUCAACAAAUCUUACCAAUGGUAUUCUGGCUUCCUUGAAUUUGCCUGCUGCCAUUGAAGAUAUUUCUGGUGACAGUAUCCCGCAAUCAAUUUUGGAGAAGUCCAGCAGUGUGAUUCGGCAGGGUGGUCUCCAGACAAUAGAUCAACUCAUAAGAGAUCUUCCCGACCUUCUGCAAAGAAACAGUGAAAUUCUGGAUGAGUCAAUGAGAAUACUGGAACAAGAGGAAAUCACUGAUAAUGAACUGAAAACCAAAUUUAAAGAACGCUGGCAAAGGACUCCGUCAAAUGAACUAUACAAACCCUUAAGAGCAGACGGAGCUAACUUCAGAAACACUCUGAAUAGAGCAGUCCAAGCUGAUAAAGUGGUCCGAGAGCGUUAUGCUGCUCACAGUGAAAUAAUUGCCCUUCUUUGUAAACCCGAAGCAGAACUGAAUACUGCCAUACCAUCUGGCAAUCCAACCAGAUCUCUUCAAGGAAGUGAGGUGGUUACACUUCUGAAAACUCUUCUUGCUUCCUUGAAUGAGGUUAAGAAGGAGAGAGAAACUCUUGAGAAUGAUCUAAAGUCAGUGGAGUUUGAUAUGUCCAGCAAGUUUCUGACAGCAUUGGCUCAGGAAGGUGCCAUAAAUGAAGAAGCUAUUUCUGUGACUGAGCUUGAUCGAAUUUAUGGAGGUCACACUGACAAAGUACAGAAGAAUUUGAAAAAGCAGGAAGAGUUGCUUGCAAAUAUUCAGACUGCUCAUGAAGAAUUUUCAAAGUCCACACAAUCAAACACUGAUGCGAAUCAGAGGGAAGAAAUACUUAAGAAAUUGGCAGCAGCACAUGAUCAAUUUGUUGAACUUGUAGCUAAUUUGAGAGAAGGCACCAAAUUCUACAAUGGGCUCACUGAAAUCCUCUUGAAGUUCCAAACAAAAUGUUCUGACAUUGUGUUUGCUCGCAAGACUGAAAGAGAUGAACUUUUAAAGGAUAUGCAGCAGAGCAUGGCAAGAGAACCCAGUGCGCCUAACCUAGCAACACCCGCAUACCAGACCGCAGUCUCUAUCAAUGAAUCCACCUCUGGCCCAACACCUGCACCCAGAACUGUAUUUCAACCCAAAACACAGACUCCCGAAUGUUCUCCAUCUUCAUCCAGUGUUUGUGAAAAUCAACCCAAACCUCAGCCUCCUGCUCGCCCGCCUCCUCCAUCUGUUGGAUCCACUUACGCACCGACUUCGUAUGGCACAGUUACAGGCACAAGUGCUCCAGCUUCAGCUCCGACUAGUGCUCCAGUUUCUGCUUCACCUGCUCUUAUCGGAGGCACUGGUAUGCCAUCCCAGGCCCAGGGCCCACCAUACCCAUCAUAUCAAGGAUAUCCUGGGUAUUACCAAAUGCCCAUGCCUAUGGGAUACGGCCAAUUUGGUUAUGGCCAAUACAACAUGCCGUAUGUGUACCAGCCUCCUGGGCAGCCACCUUUCCAAAGUGCACAGCAGCCCCAACAGCCUGGAUACCCCUACCCUCAGCAGCAAUACUACCAGCAAUAAGAAAAAUUUUCUGUAAAAGAUUCUUACUGUUAACUUUGAAAUUACCUCAAUUCUUAAUCUACUGCAUACUAUUAAACAUUAGUCUGAGAUGAUUGCUGAUUAGGUGAUACUGUUGAAAUCUGAUUGCACUAAAUUUAACUUUUUUAGCAACAAACACUAGGAAUUUAGCAAAUCUAAAAUGAGUUUUUCUUUCUCAAAGACAUGGUAAAAUUGCUUAAUAGCAAUCUUUUGUUGACUAGAUUUUUUUCUAAUUUGGAGAAAUGGGUUUGAAAUGCAGCAUAAAUAUAAAACAGGUUGUGUAUGCCUCUCUGCUUUUACAUUUGCUUAGACUGUAUCUGGUUUAUGUUAUAUCCUACAUCCUAAUGUUUAAAUUUGUCUAAUCAGGGCCUUGUAAAUCAUAUACAUUAAAAAUAAUUAUGACCAAAA